AUGAAGACGGUUAUUAUCCCAUUGUUGAUCGUCGCCCUGGUCAAAUGUGGAGAGUUCGACUUCACCGUGGAAGUUCCAGCUGGAAAGUUCCAAUGCUUCUUCCAGCCUGUGGACAUUAGCAAACACAAAAUGUUGGAAGUUGCUUACCAGGUUUAAAAAGAAAGUGAAAGAGUUAAAUUUAUUUUGUUUUCAAGGUUAUUGACGGAGGUGAUUUAAAUAUCAACUUCAUGUUGCUCCAUGGGGGAAGUGUGAUUAAGCAGGACGCAAUGAAAACUGAUGGAGGGCAUCGGUAAAUUUGAAAUUUUGAGAUGCAAAAAUUUUUCUUUUCUUUUUCAGCAUUGAACUGAACCAGGCCGGGGACUACCAAGUGUGCUUUGACAACACUUUUAGCUAUCAAACCCGAAAGGUAAGUAACCUGAACACUUAUUAAUUUCGUUCGGUCAGCUGAGUUUCCACUGAGAAAUCGUAAUUUAGACAGGUUAAAAAAAGAGAAAAAUAGUCAAACAUGAAGCGUAAUGCCGUGUUCAAAGUGAUUUUCGUGAAAUGCAGAAUGACCUCCGACUCUUCAAAAAUUUAAUUAUAUUUUUCUUUCUCUGAGGGCUAUCUUUUUUGUUCCCCGAGAAAGAGUAAUGGAGUGAAAAUUGAAUCCUACGGUAAACUUACAGUUUUUCAGGUGGUUUUCUUCGAAAUAUUCUUGUUUGACGCCAACGGGAACGUCGAUGAGAACGAUUUAUCAGCAAUGGCCAAGACCGAUUUGGAUUUGCAAAGAAGAAUGAACGAACUCGGCAUCACCAUUGGCGAUUUUUCAUGUUUGUAUUGA